CAACGAUCUCCUCUCAAGUCAAAACACAAGUGUACAUAUAUUCCUUUUUUGAAAAUGGCGCCCAUUCAUAUAAAGAAGUCGUACGUGAAAGUCUCCUCCACACCCGCUGCAAAGUGCUCUCGGCAGGCAAGGUCAAGCAGCAGGUCGCGGGAUGUGUUCCUUCCUAUCACUCGCAGAGGAAGCUUCUUCCAAGACUCGUUUUUCUCUGACAUACACAAGGAUUUUGACUCCUCCGUCAGGGAGGUGUUGGCCAGAUGGAGUGACGAAGAUUUGAAAGUGAAAGACUUCCGCCGGGAUGAUAUUAUGGACCGUUACAGACAGCUUCGAUCUCAUAACCUAAAGGAAGGGAACCAGGCUGUCACAGUCACAUCUGACAACACAAGUCAUAAGAUUGUGCUGGACGUGCAUGACUUCAUGUGUGGAGACGUGAAAGUGAAAGUGUUGGACGAGGAGGAGUUGUUGGUGGAAGGACACGUGGAGAAGAAGGAGGAAGGAAGCUCAUCCGUCUCGUCACACUCCUUCAGACGUUACUUCUCUUUGCCUCAACACACAGACAUGACAGCGAUUACGUCCGUCAUGUCUGCAGAUGGUAUCCUCACAAUCAGCGCGCCAAAAAAAAAAACAGAAACGACAAAGGAAAAUGCAAUGAAUCAAACUUUCGCUUCGAAUUAUCGGGAGAAAGUCAGCGAGACGCAAAAACACAUGGAAUCUCGGAUAGAAUCAGAACAUUCUUCUUCUACACAAAAAGAAACCUGUUCGUGUGAUUUUGGUUCUAAAAGAACACCUGAUUCCUCUCGGUUUCACAGCGGUUCGUGGGACACAUCCUUGCCCAUCACUCGAAGGGGAGGCUUCUUCCAGGACUCAUUCUUCUCCGGUACACACCGUGACUUCGAUGCCUCCAUCAGGAAGGUCCUCAAUGGCUGGAAUGACGCCGACCUCCAGUUGGCGGACUUCUGGGACGAUGACGACUUCCACCGCAGCGACAGACUGAGCCGCUAUAGACAGCUUCGAUCACGGAACCUGUGGAGUGACAAACAGGCCAUUACAGUUACUUCAGAUAAUAUUAGUUAUAAGGUAAGUUGCAUAAUGACUACACACUUAAUUAAUUUAUCUACAUCUUGGGAAUAUUAA